UAUAGAAAAAAUACUCUGCUCACCAUUACGCUUUGCAUUAUGCAGCGUUUCAAGUUCUUACUCUUCAAAGCCUCCUUCUUGAGUGGGGCCAUGGCAGCCGCAAUGCUGACCUGGACCCAAGGUUCCUUCAGUGGCUGCUGUCCCCUGUAUGGCACCGUCACCCUGAAUGGCUCCUCCCUGGCCUUAUCGUGAUCCUCGGCCCCAUUCCUCUGCUACUUUGCGGCUGGGGUCUCUGGCCUCCUGCUCCCGCCCCCCCCCCCCCCCCACUGUCUCCUGCUUCUGCUCUUCUGGGUCUACAGCAACUGCAUCGAAGACUCCCUCAGAAGCCCCUUAGGACUCCGCAUCGCACUGGCCAUCCUAGCUAUAGCCAUCUUCCUGGCCUUAGUGCCUGUAUCCUUCCAUUUGGCACUCAUUCUCUGCAAAUCUGUCAUGUCCCUGAACAUUACGAUUAGCUACUCUGAAGCCCAGAAUCCACGGACGUCCCCUGAAACUGCUCUGCAGUUUUGCUCCAAUCCACACAAUGUUGAUACCUCUUCUUAGGUGAAUCUUGUAUUGUGGUGCAUGGUUUUGGUGCUGCAGGUGGUGCGCUGGCAGUCUGAAGCCACCCCUUACCAGCCUGUAGCGGGGGACCCUGAAUGGAGCUCUGAGACAGAUGCUUUCCUUGGGCUACUUCUUUCCCGUUCUUGAGAGUAACCAAAGAAUGCUUCCUGCAGCCAAAGACUCUGCCCAAGUGCCUGCAAUCCUCUUGCCCCCACAUGGCCCUGUUUAUUCUAGGCACCGUUUUCCCCUCCAUGAGGGAAACAUGAUGGUAGGCCCCUUCCACCUCUUCCUGUAGCUGUUUUUGUAAAAACUACUACAUUACUUUCUUCAACAAACAAACAUCCCCCAAAACAUAUUUGAGAUUAAAAUUACAAAUAAAUAAUUAUAAGAGAAAUAAAUGCAAAACAUAAGCAGGCAUGAUGUUCUAAGGAAAUAAAUUUGCAUGCAAGCUUGUGCCCGUGAACAUGACGAUAGAAAUGUACAUUUAAAAUAUUUAUUUAAGGAAUUUAAAUAUUGUUAUAACACUGUGGUUCCCAAAUGCAUUAAAGUUACUUUUUACCAGCCCCCCCCAAUCCUCAGUGAACUUAAAAGGUGCCCAGAGUAUUCUAAAUUUUCAAAGGAAAUAGAGACAUAUGUCAAACAUCUAAGCUAAUAUAUUAAGUCAUUCAGGUUUAACUGCUUAUUAAAUUAAAUAAACCAUGUCCUUAUUACAAAACAGAGCAUGUUAAGUUUUGUAUUUCUUUUAAUACUAAAGAUAGUCUGAAAAUCUUACCCACUAAAAGGCAUGAACUUAAAAUAUUUAAGAAACUCUAACUUGCUUGUCAUUAGAGAAUAGUUUUCAAAAUCUGUUAAUAUAGCAUAAAAUUAUAUAAGUAAUAAUAUAGUGUCAUUUUCAGGAAUUCAAAUAAUAUCAAAACAUAAAAGAAGUAAAGCAUGCCACCAUGCUUUCCUUCACAUUUCCCAAUACAUUCCUUUAGAGAAAGUUAAGUACUGUGUAUAUAUUAGCCCAUGACUCAUUAACCAGCAACAAGUAUUUAUCUAAGGCUUAACAAGGCACUGUUGCUAGAAAAGAAAGCAUAUAAAAUAGAUACAGCAGCGGCUAUUAUGAAGCCUAUAUUUUGGUUCAUCAGGUGGAAUUUUGAUGUUUAUCUUCCCAUUCUUUUUCUUUAAAAUUUUUAAAAUGUUUAUUUAUCUUUGAGAGAGAGCGAGCGAGCGAGAGAGAGC